GUUCUGCCCCCAUGUCACCAAGGGUCUGGGCCUCAGUGUGAGUGGCGCUCACUGCCCCUGAGUCUGUUUCCGGUUCUUUCUCCUCCACUUCCUCUUUGAAUUUGUUAGAACUGGACGUCCAGCUCCAGGAUGCUCCUUCUACUGACUGUACUCCAAGCCUUGGCUCUAGCCAUGGUCCAGAGUCAAGGAGAUCAUAAAAUUAUUGGUGGCUACACAUGUAUCCAGAACUCCCAGCCUUGGCAAGUGGCCCUGCUAGCAGGUCCUGGGCGUCGCCUUGUGUGUGGAGGGGUCCUGAUAUCAGACCGGUGGGUCAUCACGGCUGCUCAUUGUGCCCGCCCGGUUCUUCACGCAGCCCUGGGCAAGCACAACCUAAGACGGUGGGAAGCGACUCAGCAGGUGGUGCGUGUGGUUCGCCAGGUACCGCAUCCCCAGUACCAACCCCGGGCCCAUAACAAUGACUUGAUGCUGCUUCAGCUGCAGAAGAGAGUGCGGCUUGGGCGAGCAGUGAGGACCAUUGAUGUGGCCAGGGUCUGUGCCAGCCCAGGGACCCCCUGCCGGGUGUCAGGCUGGGGGACCACAGCCAGCCCCGUUGCCAGGUACCCCAAUGCUCUGCAGUGUGUGAAUGUCAACAUCAUGUCAGAGGAGGUGUGCCGUCGAGCAUACUCUGGAGCCAUCACAUCUGGCAUGGUCUGUGCCGGGGUUCCUGGCGGUGGAAAGGAUUCCUGUCAGGGUGAUUCUGGAGGACCCCUGGUAUGUGGAGGACAGCUCCAGGGUCUUGUGUCCUGGGGAAUGGAGCGGUGUGCCAUGCCUGGCUACCCAGGGGUCUACACAAACCUGUGCAAUUACCAAAACUGGAUCCAGAGGACGAUGCGGGGCAACUGA